AUGUGCUCGGGGCUUGGCCGGCCGAGCUCUCGGGAGCAGCUGCUCCUGCCUGGCGGCGGCCAGGUUGAAGCGAUGCACUGCUUGGCGCGGGCCCUGCGCCGAGUCUCGGGCCCCGUCCGGGGCUGGGGGCAGCAGCGGCUGCAGCGCCUGGGGACUGGCCAGUGCCCACCCCGGGGAGCCGGCGCCUGGGGCUGGGGGGUCGGUCUGGGUCUCGCGCUGGGGGUGAAGGUGGCGGCCGGCUGCGAACAGGAGGGGGCCCCGCGGCGGGAGGCGGCGGGAGAGGUGAAGCCGCCGCCCCCCAGGGGCUUCGCCCGGGCCAUCGAGAGCAGCAGGGACCUGCUGCAGAGGAUUAAGGAUGAAGUGGGAGCCCCAGGCAUAGUAAUUGGAGUUUCUGUAGAUGGAAAGGAAGUAUGGUCAGAAGGUCUGGGUUAUGCUGAUGUAGAGAACCGUGUAAUCUGUAAACCAGAGACAAUCAUGCGAAUUGCUAGUAUUAGCAAGUGUCUUACAAUGAUGGCUGUUGCUAAACUGUGGGAAGAAGGAAAAUUGGAUUUAGAUGCUCCAGUGCAGAAAUAUGUUCCUGAGUUUCCAGAAAAAGAAUAUGAAGGUGAAAAGGUCACCAUUACUACAAGAUUGUUAGUUUCACAUUUAAGUGGAAUUCGUCACUAUGAGAAAGAUAUUACAAAAGUAAAGGAACAGAAGGAAAAAGCCAACAAAGCCCUUAAACUAAUGCAAGAUGUAAAAAAAUCUAACCAGGAGAAGGAACUGAAAGAAAAAGAAGAUAAAGACACUGAAAGAAAUGACUUUCCUAAAGCUAAGUCAGAACAGGAUGGUGAAGCUAAAGGCCGAAAUUUAAAACCUGUCAAGAAAACAAAGGAAUUUGAACAUGAAGAGUAUUAUUUGAAAGAAAAAUUUGAAAAUGUGAUUGAUUCACUGAAAAUAUUUAAAAAUGAUCCUUUAUUCUUUAAACCAGGAAGCCAGUUUUUGUAUUCGACUUAUGGCUUUACCCUUCUGAGUGCUGUGGUGGAGAGAGUUUCAGGAUGUAAAUUUACAGACUACAUGCUGAAAAUGUUUCAUGACUUGGAUAUGCUGGCAACUGUCUUGGAUGACAAUGAAUCAAUGAUAUACAAUAGAGCAAGGUGUUAUGUUUGCAACAAAAAAGGACGGCUCGUAAAUGCACCCUAUGUGGACAACUCCUACAAGUGGGCUGGUGGCGGCUUUCUUUCUUCAGCAGGUGACCUCCUGAAAUUUGGAAAUGCCUUGCUGUACAGUUAUCAAGUUGGACAGUUUAAAAACAAUGCCAAUAAACUUCUUCCGGGCUACCUCAAACCAGACACUAUUACAAUGAUGUGGACCCCAGUGCCAAACACCGAGGCAUCAUGGGAUAAGGAUGGUAAAUAUGCAAUGGGUUGGGUUGUUGUGGAGAAACAGCAAGAAUAUGGUUUUUGCAGACAGCAGCGACACUACAUCUCCCAUACUGGUGGAGCAGUUGGUGCAAGCAGUGUCCUGCUUAUUCUUCCUGAAGAGCUGGACUCUGAGGUUAUAAACAGUGGGUUAGUGACACCUCCCCGAGGAGUAGUUGUUAACAUUAUUUGUAAUAUGCAGUCAGUUUCCCUCAACAGCACUGCCUUAAAGAUUGCAAAAGAAUUUGAUAAAGAUAAAUUGGCAUGA